AUGCCCAAGGUCGGAAGCAUCCCGCGCUCCGCCACGGUGGCGUGGUCGUCCUCCAACGAGCACUCUGGCUUGCUGGCGGCGGGCACCGUCGCGGGCGCCAUAUCGGACACGUUUGACUCCACUUCGCACCUCGAUGUCUUCUCGCUCGACCUGCAGGGCGGCGCCGAGCUGCCGCUGGUCGGCUCGCUCGCGUGCAACGACCGCUUCAGCCGGCUGACGUGGGGCACCAAGGGCGUGGCGGACGGCUCGCUGCCGUACGGGCUGCUGGCGGCCGGCACGGCCAACGGCAGCGUGCAGAUC